AUUUUAGCAUCCCACACAGCCCUCCCAUGGCAGUUGGUAUGCAUUGACUGCAUGGACUUAUGCUUUCUCUUUCAUCCCUCUCUUUCUCUACAUGAGUAUCCAAUAAUAACCAGUGUUCUUGAAAUUUUGUGCUGUUUUCUAGCGGAUCCAUGCCAUUUUCACUUCAUUUCGAUCACAGUAAUUUAAUCCAGUGAAACCCUCCUUUUUUUUUUUAUUAGUGGCUAAGGUUUUUCACUUCGACCCAUUUGGUUUUUAAUCAAAAUAAUGCUUUUCGUUCUUUCAAGUUCUCGAUUUAUGUGCUUUACUCGCGUGUAUUGAAUUGCUGGAAGUUUUCAGGGUGUUCAUUUGGAAUUUCUGCAUAUGAAGAUUAGUUAAAUCAAGACAUCCAAGUCAGAAAAGAUUUCCAAAAAGGAGGCCUUUAGGCGAAAUUUCUGGGUUUCAAUUCAUCAUAGGACUAAUUGUAGGUUUUGCAUCAGUUUGGGUUCAAAUUACUCGGUAUGGGAAUUGGUUUUUUCUUAAUUUAGUUUCUUGAUUGAGAAUUUUGGCAAAUAGGCUUGAAUGAUAUGUAGAGCAGUUGGUAGUAAUUGCAAAGUAAAAGCAUCAGUCUUGCAGUUGAUUUCCUUUCUCCCAAUUAACUCUACUCUAGAGUGAAAAAUGCUGGAGGCUGAAGUAUGCUCGUCCCGGGUUUUAUUGCCUUUCCGUGAGGAAAUUGGCGAUGAAGAGCUCUCCGUUCUUCCGAGGCAUACUAAGGUUAUUGUAACAGGGAAUAACAGAACAAAGAGUGUUUUGGUGGGUCUGCAAGGUGUUGUCAAGAAAGCUGUAGGACUUGGUGGUUGGCAUUGGCUGGUUUUGAAGAAUGGGGUUGAGGUCAAGCUCCAAAGGAAUGCGUUGAGUGUGUUGGAACCUCCCACUGGAAAUGAAGAAGAUGAUGAUUAUGAUUUUGAAGAUUCUAGCAGUGGAUCUGACAUUUGUCAAAAAGACAAUUAUCGAUUUUCCACUGGAUUUCAGUUUGGCAAACUAAGCAAGCCAAGGAUUCGGUACAGUAGGCCGUGGUCCCCAACUGCAUCAGCAAGGUCAAUAAAUGGCAGCAGUUGCAGAGAAAUUCAAUCAAAAUGUCACGUGCUUCAUCCGAGAGUGAACUUGACAAAGUUGGGAACCGGAUCAUUGUGGAGAUAUUGGCGAAGCUUCAACCUUGCAAGUAAUAUUCACAACCCUACAAAGGAACAACUGAUCACUGCUGUGGAGCAGCAUUUUUCUUCACAGGAAGUGGACGACGUACAAGUGAUAUUUGGGUUUAUCCACGCGGCAUCGAAGAGACUAAAAUCAGUCUACACCCAUUGAGAUUCGGGAUUGAUUUACACAAGUCAGAUGAUCCAUCAUCCAUGACUCUCUGUAAUGUAUACAGUAUAUGUACAUAUGAACUUCCAUCUUAGUUCAGCUCUAAUUAAUAUACUGCUAAUUAGAUCCAAGGCUUGUCUGGUGAGUAUUUUCCAAGUCUGAGGAUCCUAAGUUCUUAACCUUUUAAUGUGGAGACCCUUGUCCAGUUAAUAUUAUAUCCUUAAUGUCCUAUUUGCAUGUC